UACAAACAGAAAUAUCGGACACCACUGACAUACAUAAAGAAAUGUCAGACACCACACCACAAAGCUGUGAUCCAGGAAUCAGCAACAGAGAUGGAACUUGCAAGGUUCUAGCACAUAAGCAGGCCCCUCCCCCUUCCAUGCCUGAGAUCACGGCAGAGGUGUCUGGCGGCAACGUGUACCUGAAGUGCGUGUUUGACGGCAACAGUGGGAACAGCUCCCUGGGCUUUGUUGUGACCUGGUACCGAUUGGCCCCAGACGACAGCAGGGAGGAGCUCAGACGUGAGACCACCUUACAGAGCUCCGCCCUCAUCGAGCUGGAUGGGAUCAAUCUGCGUCUUGGAGACAGGAUCUACUGCAGUUGCUCCAGUUUCUUUCUAGAUGUUCCAGACCUGCAAAGUGUCACAGUGGAGAGCAGCGACUUCUUUGCAGGGAUUCGACUACGGCCUGAGCUCGCCUCUGUCUCAGAGGAUGGGAAGCAGUAUGAGCUGCUGGUGGAGAGCACUGUUCCCUUGCCCUGCCUUCUACACACAUGCUCCCUUCAGUUACAGCUCAGCACCAGGAGCCAAGGUGAGGAGACUUUGGGUCCUGACCUGCUUCUGUCAGCCUGUGAGGUGGCACUGUUUCAGGUGUCAUCUCCUUGCCGUGACGGAGUGUGUAGCCGAGUGAUGCUUCGUUACCGCCCAGUGACCGACAUCAUCACCGAUGGAGACAGAAGCACUGAGAUUUAUGUCCAACCUAUAGUCAGCAGCAACUUCCUCUGGAAUGGAUACACACCCCAAAGUGUGCAGAUAACCGUAAAGGACAUCCCAGCUGGUUACUGUUAUUCCUUCACUGAUCCACACAUCAUCACGUUUGACGGCAGGAGGUAUGAUAAUCUCCAGAUCGGCACCUUCGUGCUAUACCGGAGCCAGGCCUGGCCGCUCGAGGUGCACGUGCGCCAGCGGGAGUGUGCCAGCACGACCCCUCACCCCACGUCCUGCGCUUGCGGCUUCGCAGCCAGAGACGCCGGCCACGUCGUCACCUUUGACAUGUGCGACGGGUUGGCCGGAGAGACGAAGCCUCGCCUCUCGGUCAGGAGCAGAGGUCAGGAGAAGAGCAACAUGCGCAUCACAGAGUCCUAUCAGGGCCGCAAAGUCACGGUGAGCUUCUCCUCAGGGGCAUUUGUGAGGGCAGAUGUAGCGGAGUGGGGCAUGAGUCUGAGCAUGACGGCCCCUGGUUCAGAUUGGGGCCACACUGAGGGCCUGUGUGGAACUUUCGAUGGUCAGCCGCUCAAUGACUACCAUAGAGAGGGUGGCAAAGCUGUGCAGGACAGUGCUUCUUUCAUUAACGCCUGGAGAUUAGCACCAAGCAGCAGUCUUUUUGACAAACUCCCAGCCUAUGAGAGCACGGCAAGCAUGCCCCCUUACUGCCACUGUGGUCAGGAGCCAGGCCUAUCAAGACCUAGAGCCCGCCCUCCCUCUAGCUCCUCCUCCUGCUCGCACACGGCCCGCCUUCGCGCUCCUUCUAUCAUCCCCUCUCUGGACGUCACAGCAGAUUACAUCAGCUUCCCAGACUCUUCUCUCCAUCCAGACAGGCCCAGCCAGUCCGCUUGGGGAGCAGACACCGACACCCGGAUUGUCCACUCUGUAAGCAGGCACCAGGGGCACGGACAAUCCCCUGCCUUCCAGAGUCUAAGCCACUCAGACCUGGAGAGCUUUGCCUAUUACUUCCCAGAGGACCACGCUGUGUCCAGCAAGCCCGAGGCACCGGCACCGACCUGGCCCACUGAGUCCGGCCUGACGGAGGCGGCCGCCCAGCAGCUCUGCGAGGGGGCCCUGCGGAACUCCACGGUCGGGCUGGCCUGCCGGCGUCUGCUGGGUGAGGUGCUGGAGCACGCGCUUGACAUGUGCGUGGCGGACCAGCAGCUAAAGGACGAGGCGGCAUGGCUGGGUGCCACCCUGCCCCUCCUGGAGAACGAGUGUGAGAGGAGGCUGGCAGAGGAGGUGGGGAGCAGGAAGGAGACCCGGGAAACGCUGGCUUUCCUCAGGUGCCCGAGCUCCUGCAGUGGUAACGGCCAGUGCACCGAGAGCGGAUGCAUGUGCUUCCCUGGGUUCAGCACAUAUGACUGCAGCCAAGCGUCUGAUCAGACUCCAGAGAUCAGCGCUUUGGAACCUGGAGAGCUGUGUGACGUUCGACAGAGCCUCUGCACCAACAUCCGUGUCCUCGGACAGGCUUUCACCAACUCCAGGGAGCUGAAAUGUGAAUUUAUGAAGGAGAAGAUAGUGGACGGUGAGUGGUCGCUGGGAGCGUCUGUGAUGAGCCCUGCCUUGUUCCUCAGCUCCUCUGUGUUAGAAUGUCAGCUGCCAGCAGAAGACAUUCAGUCUGCUCAAGCCUCACCCCCUCCAGUCACUCGAUGGCAAAUCAAGGUGUCCAACGAUGGCUACAGCUUCAGCAAUGCCAAGGUGUUCACACUGUUCGACGGAGCGUGUCAGGAGUGUGUGCUCAGCACUGCUGUUCGCUGCGCUCUGAAGAACGGCAGCUGUGAGAUCGAUGGCCAGUGUUACGUUAAGGACGAGCGAAGUCCCAGCAGUCCCUGCCUCACCUGUCGCCCUGCUCUGUCCACGCACACCUGGUCCGUCGCUGAGAAAAACAAGCCUCCAGUGUUCCAUUCAGAGCAAACCAAACUGCAGACGUUUUAUGGGGAAAACUUCGUGUACCAGUUUGUAGCUGCUGACCCAGAAGGCUCUACAGUUCUGUUCACGCUGCUGUCUGGUCCCAGAGAGGCGUUUCUCUCACCUGCUGGCCUGCUCAUCUGGAAGGCCCUGUCGUCCUCGCCGGUGAGCUUCGGACUGGCUGUGGCGGAUGACUGUAAUGCAGAGAGGCGGGCUGUCGUGGAGGUCUCAGUUCGUCAAUGUGACUGCCAGCACGGGGCCUCUUGUGUUACCAAUAUUAACUUCCCCCCGGGCAGCGGUGAGUACUUGUGUUCCUGCCCCGACGGUUUUGAGGGUGAGAGGUGUGAGGUUGACGUGGAUGACUGCAGACCAAACCCCUGCCGGAAGGGGGCCUGCGUGGACGGGCUAAACUCCUUCACCUGUCGCUGUGCAGCCGGCUGGACUGGUGCGAGAUGCGAGGAGGACAUUGACGAGUGCCUGCUGUCUCCAUGUUUUCCUGGAGUGGCCUGUAAAAACACACCAGGGUCAUUUGAAUGUGCGCCCUGCCCCGCCCACCUUAGUGGGGAUGGGAGGAGCUGCAAAGCAUUGCUCGAUGUGGGUGAAGACUCGGCAGUCGAGUGGCGUGGGAGAGUUAAGCUCACACCCACCAAACCCAGCCGUGCUCCAGCUCAGAGUCCAUGCUCCAGACGCCCAUGCUAUCCAGGCGUCCAGUGUUUUGAGAGCAGGUUCAUAUCUGUUGGGUACAUCUGCGGUCCCUGCCCUGCAGGUCUCCAUGGCAAUGGCCAAACCUGCGCUUCAAGAUCAGCAUCCAGGCAGACACCAGGCACCAGGGAAAGGGAUAGCCCUGAUGUCAUUUCCUCUUCCUCCCGGAAACCCGCUGAGCCCCCUGCUCGAGCCGAGAGGCUUCCAUCCAGCAGGAUGAGAUCAUCAGUUCUCGACAGAAAGGCCUCUGUCUCCAGUGUUGACCAAACCGCUGAGCCUGUAGCUCCUCUGGGUGCCGACCUGCAGCCACAUGAGCAUGACCCGGAGGAUGUGGUCGUCGGGGGCAACAGGACCUGCGCAGGCUCCAUCUGCUUCUACGGGGUGCCUUGUGAGCUCACUCCCACAGGACACUUCAAGUGUGGUCCCUGUCCCUAUGGUUACCAGGGCAAUGGCAUCACUUGUAAAGCGCUGUGUCGUUAUCCAUGUGGUCAGAACAUGGAGUGCACGCUGCCUAACACCUGCACCUGCAAAGAAGGAUACACUGGCUAUAACUGCCACAUAGCCGUCUGUCGUCCUGACUGCAAGAACAGAGGGAAGUGUGUGAAGCCCAACGUGUGCAAGUGCCCUGUAGGAUACAGCGGGCCAACCUGUGAGGAAGCUAACUGUAAUCCUCCAUGUCAAAACGCUGGCAGCUGUUUGGCCAGAAACCUGUGUACCUGCCCCUAUGGUUAUGUGGGCCCACGGUGUGAAAUUAUGGUGUGUAACAGGCACUGUGAGAAUGGCGGUGUGUGUGUGUCCCCGGAUGUGUGCGAGUGCAAACCUGGCUGGUUUGGACCAACGUGUAACUCAGCGGACUGUAAGCCUGUGUGUCUAAACGGCGGCACCUGCAUCAAACCCGGCGUCUGUGCCUGCCCCACUGGCUUCUAUGGGUCACAGUGUCAGAUAGCUGUCUGCAGCCCUCCCUGCAAAAACCGUGGACAGUGCAUGAGAAAUAACGUGUGUUCCUGUCCAGAAGGCUAUACUGGAAAGAGAUGUCAAAAGAGUGUGUGUGAUCCCAUGUGCAUGAACAAAGGAAAGUGUGUGGGACCCAGCACUUGUUCGUGUGUCUCUGGUUGGCAUGGGAAGAUUUGCAACAUCCCGGUGUGUUUGCAAAAGUGUAAAAAUGGAGGCGAGUGUUUGGGUCCCAACACCUGCCAGUGUCCUGCAGGCUGGGAGGGCUUCCAGUGCCAGACUCCCAUCUGCAAGUCCAGGUGUCUCCAUGGUGGAAGGUGUGUGCUGCCUAACUUCUGCCACUGUGGUCCAGGGUACAGCGGCCCUACCUGUGCCAUCAGAACCAGAAGAUGAAAGAAGAACCAGGAUCCCCCAAAGCUCCAGUGAGGCUGGUUCUGUAGACUUCGUCUGUUCCCAACAUAAAGAAAGUACAGAGAACUUGUGUAUGUGCCUGAGCAUGUGUGUGUGUGUGUGUGUGUUGUGUUAUGUGUGUAUGUUUGCACAUUUGCAUGUGUGCAUGAGUGAAACUCAUCAGCAGCUGGAAGAAGAAUGACUCUCCCUCUGGAGCUUUUCCGCUGGUGUAGCCUGCACCUCAUCCGGCUUGGCUGUGGAGUGGCCUGCAGCCAGAGCAGAGCAGAGCCUCCGUGCUGGAUGUCCUCUGCAAACUCUCUGCAAACAUGUUCUAUUUCUCUUUCCAGCUGGUUAAGUCCACUCAUUUCCUGACUCUUUGAAUGCUGUACAUUGAAGAAAAGUGUGUUUUAGUGGCAUAUGUUUCUUUUAUUUUGUAAAAUUAGUUAUAGAAAAAUAUUUUGAUUAUUGUAUUUUAGAUUGAGUGAGUAAUGUAUAUGUACUUUAUAUUUGAAAUAGAAUUAUCUGAAACUUCUCACGGCUUAUUAUUUAGUAAAUGUUUUAUUUUUAUUUCAAAAUAUACUGGUGACACUGGGUACAAGUAUAAACUCCUGCAUCAGUGUAUGUAACUCAUAUUUGGAAUUCAACUGAUACUUGCUAAUUGAAAUAAAGUACAGAAUGGUGAGUAA